GUUGUAUGUGUGCCAGUGACAGCCAGAAAAAGAUCGCAGCCGGUCGUGUGGAAUUCAUAGUUUCUUUCCCAUUGCAGAUAUCGUCGUAUUUUGCUCACUGCUUGCCGUGCAAGACCAAUAACUUAAAGAAAAUAGUGUUCCCCAGUGGGUCAGACAAAGGAUUAGUUACUGUCCGGCGUGGCCAGAGAUCACAUUUGCCCAUUUGGUAAACUGGCACGCUCUUGCACUCUCAGUGGUAUUCGUGGCUCGUUGCCGUGUACGUGUGUUUGUGUUCCGUGAAGAAUUCAAUUUAUCAACCGUCCUAGCCGGGUCCGCCAGGCAGUUGGGAAUAUCCCAGACCAUCGUGGGCAGGGAAAGCAUCGUAUCGUUGUUCCUCGUUUGUGUGUCUCACCAACACACGGCCAGCGCCGAGAGGAUGCAGCGUGAUAAAUUGAACUGUCACAACACGAAAGGGUUUCUGAAACGCACGUAGAAGUUUGUUCACCUUCUUGGUGUUCCUCACGCCCAAUGGUGACGCUUCCGAUGGCACUGAAAUUCUACCAGCGUACGCACGUUCCAGCAGAGCAGCGAAUGUAUCCAGGUGCUAGCGAUAGCGUCACCCAGUGUCGACUACAUCCGUCUGCACAAUCAUAUCCCGAUGAGCGGUGGCUUCAAGCCGUUGCCACGCGUACCAUUGCUUCGUAGUUAGACAACAACAAACAAAAAGACAGCUUACCUGCUAGAGGGUGCAAGCCUUCUCCACAUUGCGUCUACUAGCUCCAGGUGCCCUGGAGAACUAGCACUGCCGAUCCGUCGUCGGCGUGUCGCCCAUAGAUAGCCUAUAGAACCAAAUAAAAUACCAACUGCUACCGGAACUGAUAACCGUGGCAGUAACUACGUGCAUUGAUGCAGAGACAUUACCGACCGGUAAAGGACAAGGAAUCAUACUGUCGACGGCUAACGGGUGCGCUACCGUUCGCAAGCAUGCUCCGAUCGUACAAACUGUACCUGAUGCUGCUGAUUAGCUCGAUCUUCUUUAUCGUGUGCCAGAACCAGGGUUCCAUCACAAGCCUUGUCAGCAAUGGGGCGGCCGCAUCUUCCGCGUCUGUAAACGAUAUACCGCUCGGUGUGCCAGAUGUCGUAGCGGCACCACUGCAAGCGCUCGGUAACGAUGGCAUCGAGUUGCUGUACGGCGAAGCCGAGCCCGCGCUCGGUGCGGAAAAGAUUCGCUCGCGAAGCCUUAACUUCAAGGAUAUGCCAUUGAAGCAGAACGAUCGUUCGUCCUCGACUUCCGCUGCGACGAGUAGUUCGGCAGCGACAACAUCCACCACAACGAUGCCAACGACGACCACCACGAAGGUGGUACCGACGGCGACGAACGCAAAGGGUUCGCCCAACUUCGCCGACGCCGGAACGGAUGGUAGAGUUACGGACGUACCGUAUCGAUUUCCGGUGGACACGAAGCUGCUGCCCCCGUUGUACAUCAUCACACCGACGUACCGACGGCCGGAGCAGAUACCGGAGCUUACCCGGCUCGGUUACACGCUGAAACAUGUACAGAACGUGCUGUGGAUUGUGGUCGAGGACUCGGAGAAUCGAACCACCGCUGUCGCUCGGCUGCUGGAGGAGAUCGGUGUACCAUUUGUGCAGCUUGCCGCUCCCAUGCCAGCCCAGUACCGCAAGCAGAAGGUUAAACCACGAGGUGUGUCAAACCGAAACCGAGCGCUACAGUGGAUCAGGGCGAACGCAACGGAAGGAACGCUGUACUUUGCCGACGAUGAUAACACGUACAAUCUGAAGUUAUUUGAGCAGCUUCGUCACGUACGCAAAGUCGCCAUGUUUCCGGUGGGUCUAAUCUCCAAGUAUCAGGUCAGCUCACCGGUCGUGAAGAAUGGUACGAUAACGGGUUUCUACGAUGGUUGGCUCGGUGGUCGGAAAUAUCCACUAGAUAUGGCCGGGUUUGCCGUAUCGGUAAAAUUUCUGCACGCACGUCCCAAAGCCCAGAUGCCAUUCAAGCCCGGUUACGAAGAGGAUGGUUUCCUGCGCAGCUUGGAACCGCUCGAGCUAAAGGAGGUGGAGCUGCUGGCAUCGAACUGUACGGAGAUACUGACAUGGCAUACGCAGGCGAGGAAAAAUCCGCCCGCACCAGCGCUGGAUCGGAAGAAAUACGGUGGCACGAACCUGGUACAGCUCACCAGUUGGCUCGUGUAGAAAGAGUGGACCACGACCGGACAUUCGCUGAUGGUGCCGCGUUGGCUAAAGAGGCUCUCCGUUUGGGUCUUUCGAGGAGACCCAUGAAGAGCUGCGUUUUUCCGCGUCGUAGAGUGAUCGGGACAUAAAGCAGAUGGAGCUUGCUGUAACCAUGCGUGGCAUGUGGAAUAGGUUUUUAGUCGGACUGAUUUGCUAACAAUCUUUCCCCGUUAAUGUAACACUGUUGCUCAGAACGACGAAAGAUGUCGGACAGGUGGUGUGAUUGGUACUUAACACAGCUCACGUGCAUCAGUCCGGCACAUGGUUCAACACCGAUCGUACCAACCGAACUGACGUGCGUCGAAACGCAAUAGUACGGAUUACUUUCCACUGCGACGUAAAUGUCAGUAGGAUGUGCAUUGCCACAGAUAUCAUGAUAUACUGUCCCAUUUUACUGAAAGUAUCGUAGGUUAGAAUAUGCACCAAAGAAGUGGCCAAAACUGAUCUAUAGAUAACACACAACACGAACACACAAAGUGAGGUGAUUUUGUAGAUAUUAUUGUAAUGUUCGCUUCAUCCAGGUGACACGAUUCCAAAACCUACUACUGAUUUGCAAUAAGAAGCUGAUACGAUUUAUGAGUUCCCCGGAUGCACCGGUUUUAAAUGCGCUGCAUUUCAUUUAGCUGUUAGGGUUCAGAUUGGAUGCAAAGUUACGUGCAUAACACACGUAACAGCAUAAAUCACCGGCACUGGGGUCCUCUCCAGGCCCAGAGUUCUCGUGUAAUCGUUAACAAACCAUGUAUACAUGCGUACAACUAUUCAAACUAUAUACACUUACAUACAUUCACGUUUUCACUUAUAAACACUCCAGCAAAACGAGGGGAUUAUCGCAACUAUAAAACCCCAUCCUCCGAACGUCCUGGUGCCCCCCCCAACCCCACUCCACUGUUGGUGGAAAAUAUUAGUCAUCCCCACAGUCGGUGGAUUCUUUUUAGAUAGUAAUGUUUUUUAACAAAUUUCUAGCAUCUAGACAAUGGUGUACCAGCCGGGUGGAAUUGGUCGAAAUCGAAAUGAUGCGCACUGGUAUUGUGUGCCCGCAUCAUUGAUUCUGUGGCGAUAUUUGUACAUAUAGUGAUACUCAGAAAAAAAAUACUUCUUUUUACUUCAACCCUUAGUUAACGUAGCCUAAGUGAUCAGUAUAUUUGCUGUAUUCAAGCACUAUUUUAAGGCGUAGUUUUUAAAGUCCACGUACUAGUCCACCUUUUAGGCUGUCCGAGGGAAUAGUAGGGGUACGGUACAGGUGCUUGCGGACAGGACAGGACGGACAGUAGCAUAUUUGACGUGGUGCGUAGUACAGCAAACUUACCGAAAGUACCUUUCCAGCAAACGGUGUAAAACGUUCGAAGGUAACACAACCCCCGAGAACUACUGAAGCAGAACGCGUAGCCCUCCACGAGUAACGAACAGGUGGAUGUGGAGCACACUUUACUGGUGGAGUGUACUCGUUCAGGUUCCUUUUCCUCUAGUAACAGUUAAGCGAAAUAUGUUUAAUGAACAGGAUAUCAAAUAAUAUUCAAACCGUAUAACAACACACCGAACAAGAGAAUCAACUCUUUCGCGAACGAGCUUCUUCGAGAUGUAAAACUAGCUGUUUAUUGACUCUCCUUAUCAAGUGUACCAUAGGGAUAAGUAAUUACGUCUGUGCAUCGUUUCCGAACUAAUCCAUGUGCUUUGCGUUUCGUGAUAAACCAGUUCCAUCUCUCUAUAAUGCUUUUGGGAAAAGCUGUUUCGCUUUCGUUUUUACAUUUUCUCUGUGCGUUGAAAGCAGGCUAAUACAUUUGUGAAUUCGUUCAACUCUUCAUUACUGUUUGUUGUCAAUGAAAUUCCUAGAAUUCUUACUUUAAGCUGCUGGGAAAUCUUGUAUCAAUUUGUCGGUGUUAAUGGAAACUUACGCAAAAAAAUAAUACAAACAAAACGUUUACGAGAUAACGAACGGAAAAGUAAGGGCGAGAACAGUAAACAGUGUCUCACACACAAGGAAGAAUAAGGGAAAUGAGGGCAAACAACUUGUGAUCUUUAGGUGGGUUUUUGUAGGGACAAAAGCAGUGUAUGACCGUGAGGAAAAGUGCGCAUCUGAGAAGGAUUUGGAAAUGGAAGGGAACUCAAUCGAAAAACAUGUAACCUGGAAACCGUAAACAAACUAAAAAGAAAGCAGUCCGGUAAUCAUCCAGAUAAGUGAUAAUCUACUAUUUGACUCACAUUGGUGUGAGAUUUGAACGUGAACCAGAAGUGAGUGGAGAUUAUAAUUGAAAACAAUAAACUUGACUUCUAUCUUACC